AUGGGUUCCAAAAUCGAAUACGUUGAUUCGUCGCACCUAUACGCCACAAACUACGUCCGUAAUUCGAAAGCUAUAGGUGUGCUUUGGGCUAUUUUCACGAUUUGCUAUGCCAUUAUAAGCGUUGUGGCCUUCGUGACUCCAGAGUGGAUUGGUGAUUUGGAGACUGAAUAUCCAAGAAAAUUUGGCUUAUGGCAGAUAUGCAGAGCAGACGAAUCAGUGGAAGACUGUAAAGGAAAACUAGAUGACUUUUUCUCAAUAAACGGCUUUGUAUUCAGGAUAGCGACCGUGUUAGUGGGAUCAGCUGUCGCCUUAGCGCUGUUUACAAUAUGCGCGAUGCUGCUGUUCUUCUUUUGUCAAUCAACAACUGUUUUUCACAUCUGUGGAUGGCUCCAGCUGUUAUCAGGUUAG